AUGAUUAAUUCUUGCACAGUUUGUCACAGCCAAGCGUGGAAAAUAUUUACACUAUUCCUGGCUGAGUUCUUCGGUACAGGGAUGUUACUAUUUGGCGGAUGCAUGGCUGGUUUAGAUGGGUUCGACAACGUCACUACCAACGUUAGUCGUGGGAUCACCUUCGGAAUGGUAGUCAUGAUGGCGUUCAUUACCUUCAGCGCUACUUCGGGAGCGAUUAUCAAUCCUGUCGUAUCACUAGCGGCCUAUAUCUAUGGCACACUAUCUUUCCCGCUAAUGUUAAUAUACAUUGUGGCUCAGUUCGCUGGCGCACUUUGUGGUUAUGGUCUGUUACGGGCAGUCACACCAUGGCAGUAUUACCUACAAGCUCUGGAGAUCGGAGAUGGCCAUUGUGUUACGGUGCCCCACGCUAGUCUAUCUUCUGGGAUGGCUUUGGCUGUGGAGAUCUUGCUGACGGGCAUAUUAGUGUGGACAAACUGUGGCGUCUGGGACCCUCGCAAUAAGAAGGAUAGUGAUUCCGUCCCAAUCAAGUUUGCCUUUCUGAUUGCGGGUCUCUCAAUUGCUGGCGGGCCCAUUACCGGAGCUAGUAUGAAUCCAGCGCGCACACUUGCUCCUGCUGUUUGGAACAAUUCCUACGAAGGGCUUUGGAUUUAUUUUGCCGGUCCUACGAUUGGUUCCAUUCUCAUGGCUUCCAUAUAUCGGUACAUCUUUUGGCAAGAAUACAAAGCUACUCCUAGUUUUGUAUGCAAUUGUGCGGACGGCCUUGCAAAACAGGAGUUCCAUUCUGCUAAAACUGUACCUUGA